AUGCAGGAAAUACCGUCUAUCCAACUGCACCGCACGGAAACCAACCGUUUAAAGGACUGCGCUUUCUGUUCGGAUAGCAGGAAAACCACCCCUAAUCCCCGUCUCUGCCGUGGCUGCCAGCCUUGGAAUGACUUCUUCCAUGUUGUCUUCUGCUACUACGCUUCACGGGAGGAGGUCGACGUCUCAGCUUUCGAUCCCGACUAUGGCGAAUCGCGGUCUGCUUUCUACGACUUUCAAGCUCUGACCUUUCAGACGCUUAGAAGCGCCACCGAUCACCCGGAGUGCAUGAUAUGCCAACUCAUCAGCUCGCAGUUGAGCAUCAUAGCUGCUGGCAACCAUGAUUUAAAAUUCGCAAUUUGUGGGCUGUUUCCCAGUCGAAGGACAGAUCCGAGCUAUCGGACCGUCAGAUCCGAUACGGGCCGUACGGGAUCCUUCAUCGAGAGAUGCGCCUUGGCUAUUUGCAUUUUAGGACUCGCACAAUCCGCGGGCAAACCAACCCAAGGCUAUCACCCCGUGGUUUUGGAGAUUUUGCUACACUAUGGAGCCGUAGACGGGAGCCAACUCGAGUCAGCAGAGCUCUGGGAUCGACGAUACAUUAACGUCAGCCUUCUUCGUAACUGGUUGGAAGGCUGUCAUGCCUACCACGGACCCAAAUGUAACGAACCAUUGACGGAAUCAAAGCUUCCUACAGAGUUUCGCGUCAUCGACACAAAGCGCAGGCGAAUCAUUCAACCAAAGACUCAGAUUCCGUUUGCGGCACUGAGUUAUACGUGGCGGCUUGCAACUGCUUCAGCAGAACGAGACCUUCAUUUGACUCUGUCGAAUGUAAACGAGUUGAAACACACAGACGCUCUCUCGCCGGAUGUAUUGCCUGAGGUUGUGGUGGAUGCCAUGCACUUAUGCCGGAAUAUCAGACAGCGGUACCUCUGGGUCGAUCGUCUAUGCAUCUUGCAGGACGACGAAGAUCUCAAAAUGAUACAGAUCAACGCCAUGAACGAUAUUUAUCAGCUUGCUGACUUCACCAUUGUUGCAGCUGCGAAUGGUGUUGGCGCUGGUUUGCCUGGACUGACGACACGGCCAAACAUCACCAGCCAUAGGAAUCAUUGCUGGCAGUUCAUCAAGCAUGUACCGAAAAGAGUCGAUGGCACCGGCUCAGAAGAUCAUGCGUCCAUGGAGCAUGCCAUUGUUGGUAUUGCGCCUCUGAGCGAGAACCAGGUCAUCAGCUCUAGCGAGUGGAACUCGAGGGCGUGGACCUUUCAGGAGAAGCUCUUAUCCCGGCGACACAUCUUCUUUAGCAACGGGCACGUCUACUUCAGCUGCUUCCACGAGGGAUCUGAGCUUCACAGAUACCCGGACAUCUUGCAUUACCGACCAUUCAAGGAGUCAAAAACUGUUGGAACCAAGAAAGAGCAAGAUUUCGGCGGAAGAGGUUUCGAAAAGGGUCUACGAUCUGACGAGUACAGCAACGAUGGCGUACUCGGGUUUUAUCCGCUUUUGGUGGACCAGUACACCAAGCGCACACUCGGUCGUCGGGAAGACGUGUUGAGCGCCUUUGCUGGAGUUGGCAAUGUCGUCGCUGCCCGAGCCAAAACGCAGAUGCUGCUGGGUCUUCCUGAGAGAUACUUGGCGCACAGUCUCCUGUGGUCCUUUUGUUCUCCCUUGGGUAUCACUUACCGCACGGCUGAAGGGCUGAGGCUUCCAUCCUGGACGUGGACUACGAGACAAGGUUCCGUCAUCUACCAACGCUCUCUCGGAGGUAGAAUUGACGGCGACUGGUUAGACCCGAUGUACCAGAUUCACUUUGGGCACCUAGUCUACUUCUGCUACUGCGAUCCUUUUUCCAGUGGACCCUCAAGAAUCAGCAGUAUUUACGAAGGCAAAGUAUGGUUUCCGGAAGAUCGAAUCGACGAUUCUUUGCAUCAAGAAGACUUCCAGCGAGAUCUUGAAGCCUUCUUUAAUCCAAAAGAAGAGUCUAUCCGAGUACCAGGCUACAAGGAUCCUCGGCAACAGUCAUCAUGGAGCUCCGUGAUUGAAAUGUGGAAACGGUCUCCGCAUAACCCCAUGGAAGCUCGCCAUCACAUUAACAUUGACAGCAUCACGAGAGCCAGAGCAGAAGAACACCCUCAAUGCCUCGUUUUCAACACAACGGUUGCCAGACUUCGUAUAGGCUCCCAUCUCCGCGGUAAUACCGACGGCAUUCAACUUGCUCUUUAUGACAAUGAUGGCACGCAAAUUGGGACUACCGCGCCCAUGCACAGAGACUGGGCUAUGAAAUGCCUGAGCAUAGGGACGAGUCUUUACAUGGUGGUCGUCGCCGCGGGUCUCAAGUUCCCGGGGACCUGGGAGCACAAUCCCAUGUUUGCGGAAAGCCAGGGAUAUGGGUUGUACGUGUUGAUGACAUCUCGUACGAGCGGACUUUACUCUCGUCUCGGGAUCGGUUUCGUUUCCUUGGAUGGAUGGACCUCUGUUGAGCCCAGCUGGGAACCGGUUGUUUUGAUAUAG